CGACUUCAAUAUCCUGCCCGGUCUGAUCGACUUUUCCGUACACGAUGUGAAACUGGACACUCGAAUCACGCGGAAUAUCCGGAUUAAAGCUCCGCUUGGUAUCAUCGCCCAUGGACACAGUGACAGAGAGCGGAAUGGCGAUCGUGAUGGCGCACUUCACGGCAAACUCUAUGGAGGUGUGGGCAUCAUCCAUGGCAAUUUCCCAAAGCCAGAAGAUCAGGCUGCUGAAGUGCUCAAAGUCAA